AUGCACGGCCAGAAGGAGAAACCGAUCAAUCGCAGAGGAGGACGCACACUCGAGGGCACACCACCGAAGGAAUUCUGGACGNGUGAUUGGCCUGUGGCCACUAUCAGUCCUGUGCAACCUGACCUGAAUACCACAAUUUGGCUUCGCACAACAGAGAUUCCUGCCAUUGAACCAUUGAACCUCCACGGAAGCGCUUCGAAAAUCGAAGAGUGCGUAGAACUUUACAAAUUAUGGUACAGCAUUGGGCAAGGAGAAAUGCAAAAUCAGUCAGUCCUAUUUUUGACGUUGGGCGGACGAGAGCUAUAUUUCCUGAAGUUACAAUCCACUUUGCUAGACCAAAUUCUUCCAGUGGAUUUUCAGGCCACUGAACGGGCCAAAUUCAACUCAUUGAUCACAGCUGCCAACAUGCCGUGUCGUGAAUUCAUUCUCCUUUCGAAGAAACAGGCGUCAAAAUGCAACUAUGGUGACCGAGUGGAAGAACAACUUUGUGAUCAUCUCAUUGCUGGAGUCAUCAACAUCUCAUUACAACGUAAGAUGUUAGAAAAGAAACAUCUUUGUCUGACUUGUCGGUUCCGUAAUGACACUUGCCAUGCAUGUGGUAAGAUGGGCCAUAUCCGCAAGGUAUGCCGAAUGCCCAAGUGCAAACUCAUCGAUUCCCAUAUCCCAACGGCGGAUGAGAAUUCAAGCCCAAUUUACACGCUGCAGACCACUGAACCCAACAGCCAGUUCCUGUUCGCCCCAAUGAGGUUCCAGUUUGGUGUGGAGUAUCGAUUCAUCAUGGACACAGGAUGCAGCGGAUCUAACCUACUGAAAUCAGCACUUACUACGAUUUGUCUCAAUGCUGUUCUGGCGCAUUCAUGGGGUUACCGGCCAUCAACCCACAGUCCGUCUAUUCUGGGUCUGCGAGCAAUGCGCCUACUAAAAGGGUUAAUCGCACUACAUACCAACAACGAUAAGCCAAUCACCUCACAUCUUCAACAUUUCAUUGCACAAUGUUCCGGUAACGUUGGUGGCAUGAAGUUACCAUCGAUAAAGUUAGAAGUGGACGGUGAACCUGUUUUCCUAAAACGACGCGUUAUCCCAUUCGUUCAACGGGAAGGUGUCCUGAAAGCGUAA